AUGACUAACAUUAUUAAUCCAUCCCAUUUUCUUAUAAAUAAAGUUCCUGAUCUAAAUUGGUCAGAAUCAGUUUCCAAAAACAUGACUUGGUUAAGUAAAGGAAUCUUGGACUUUGAAAAAGAAGAAAGUGAAGAUAUUGUAGAGAGAUUUACAUCAAUGUCUAACAUUACCAGAAAUAUUAGUAGAAAAACAGACAGAGAAGAAAUUAGGAAAAAAUUAGCUAUGGAAUCUGAUUAUGAUGAAUAUUAUAAUGGAGAAAAAGUUUACAAAAAGCCAAGCUUGCAAUCUAGACUUCAAAGUGGAAUGAACUUACAAAUUUGUUUUAUGAAUGAAAAUGUAUCAGACAAUGAAUCUAUAACAUCUGAUCCUGAAGUAGAAAAUAAUUCUUUUGAAAACUCUGGAAAUUUUAUUGAUGAAAAACAUCAAUUUACAAGACCUGAUUCAUUAAUUAUAAAAAAAAAUUUUAUUGGUAAAAUUGCAUCAGGUGGAAGUAAACCAGUUAAAUCAAUUUCAAACAUGCCACCACCACAAAAGAAAGUAUUUAAAAAUGAAAUAUUAUUUGAAACUGACUUUAUCACUUUUCAAAGCCAACUUCAAGCAGAAGCCAGAUCAGCUUUGAUACAAGCUAAAGAAAUGGCUCAUAUGGAGAUGGAACUUGAAAAACAAAAACAAGAUAUAAGUCCAAUCACUGAUAUCAUUAAAAACAGUUUUUUAAAGGUUGGAAUAACAUUUUGUCCAGAAAAGAGAAGAUUGAGUAGGCAAGUUCUAACUGAAUUAAACAUUGCUCAGCUUCAAAUAAUUGCAAAUGAGCUUCAUGCAAAAAUAAAACUUUUAAAUGAAAAAUUAGUCAGAUAUUUGAUUGGAAGAGAUGAUUUACAUAUGGAACAGGAUUCCAUGCUAGUUGAUAUAGAAGAUCUCACAAGAUAUUUAUGUGGAACAUGA